GCAACAUUAAUCUAAACAUAGUUUUCGAGACGUGUAGGACGUUUGCCAAAAGCUUUGUUUUAUUGAAUACACAAGUAGGACAACCUGCCAUUCAUUAUUAUUAAAACAGUUUUAAACAUAAUGUGUGAGCCGCAAAGAAUUCUUGAAUGAGUGACACCGGCAGUGAAACAGAGGAGGCGACAGAGCACACGGCACUCAUGGACGGCCACAUCGCAGAAGCUCGUCCCGAUCGGGUGAUCGCCGAAAGAAUAGCGAAAAAGCGAAAGACUAAGCCAGAUAAUCAGCGAUCAUACGGUAGUGUGGAUGGAGUGACUGGUGGUGCCUCGGGGUCAGGCAGCGGUUCAGUCCCUAAUGCUGCCCCGCCACCACCCCCAGCAGAGCCCCAACUUGAGGAGCUAGAACUGAAAUAUGGAGCCCGCCAUGUCAUCAAACUGUUUGUGCCUGUCACUCUCUGUAUGCUUGUUGUUGUCGCGACAAUAUCUUCAAUCAAUUUUUAUUCAGUUAAAGAUGUAUAUUUAGCAUACACACCUUUUCAUGAGGAAAGUCCAUAUGCAGUGACAAAAGUAUGGAAUGCUCUUGCCAACUCGCUGAUCCUGCUCAGUGUGAUUGCCUUAAUGACUGUGUUACUCAUAGUAUUAUACAAGAAGAGAUGCUACAAGAUCAUUCACGGGUGGCUCAUACUGUCCUCACUCAUGUUGCUGUUCUUGUUCUCAUAUUUAUAUAUUGAGGAAGCCUUAAGAGCAUACAACAUUCCAAUGGACUACAUAACAUUAAUAUUUGGCAUGUGGAACUUUGGUGUUGUGGGUAUGAUUGUGAUCCACUGGAAGGGGCCUUUGAGGUUGCAACAGGCCUAUCUUAUAUUCAUUGCGGCACUAAUGGCACUUGUCUUUAUCAAGUACCUACCCGAGUGGACCACUUGGGCUGUUCUGGCUGUCAUAUCUAUUUGGGAUUUGAUAGCAGUGCUAACUCCAAAAGGGCCUUUAAGAAUACUAGUAGAAACAGCACAAGAACGAAACGAACCAAUAUUCCCUGCCUUAAUUUAUUCAUCGACGGUGAUGUACUGCCUGGCGGCGACGACGACGGGCGGCGCGGAGGGCGGCGCGGAGCCGAGGCCGGUGGCGGCGGGCGCGGCCGGCGCGCCAGGUGAGCCGCGCGCGCGCGAGCUGCGUCCUCUCAACCCGCACGGUUCCCGGGAAAACGAGGCGAAUGAGGCGGCAGGGGCGGGUGGCGACGCGGCCGGGUUUGACUCCGCGUGGCGCGCGCGUGCGCAGCAACAGCGGCGCCUGCGCGUGGACACGGUGGAGCGCGCCGAGCCGCCGCGGUACACCACGCGCAUCGACCGACCCAACACCGCGCACGCCGCGCCACAACCCGGCGCGGACGACGAAGAAAAGGGCGUGAAGCUCGGGCUUGGUGACUUCAUAUUCUACAGCGUGCUGGUCGGAAAGGCCAGCUCUUACGGAGACUGGAACACAACGCUCGCGUGUUUUGUAGCUAUAUUAAUUGGUUUGUGUCUAACACUCCUUCUGCUAGCAAUACUCAAGAAAGCGUUGCCGGCGCUUCCCAUUUCAAUAACGUUCGGUUUAAUAUUCUACUUCGCUACGCGGUGCGUCGUCAAGCCGUUUGCGGAUGCGCUCGCAGCGGAACAAGUGUUUAUUUAGCAACAGCCUUUUUUUUGCUCACGUAAUAGGAUAGACAAGACUUGUUUCAUCAAAUAUGGUGAAAAUAAAACAUGCUAAUGCGGUUUGCCUUACAUACAAGAAGAUUGUUUUAACAGAUUACCGUAGGGUUCGCUCAUAUGCCAAUUUUUAUUACAAGUACCGAAUGUACGGAGGAUCGACUAUACAGGUAUAAAAAUUGUGGCGUUCAAGUUGAAAUAAUAAGUGUAGAUAUUAGGAGAUAGCGCGGAAAAGUGAAUUGAAUAUUAAUGCAAUAAAUUGAAUUAGACACCAAAUAGUGUUAAUAUUUCCAAUGUACAUAGUAAUAUUUAUUGAGAAUAAAGAAGUAUUAUGAAUAGGAUAUGUAACACUUGUAUUUCUCCUUUUUGAUCUCUUCUAUUUGGCAGGACCAUGAAUGCCCUAACUUUGUUAAGAGAAAAACUCCAAACUUAGAAAUGCCUUUUUAACGUUGUGUAUGUAAGCUCGGUUCUGAACAAUUUUACAUUCCAUUUUAUAUGUUACGCGUGAACAAUUUUUAUAUAAUAAUUAUUAGCUCUCACAUAUUCUGCAAAUGUUUGUGUUAACUAUUUGUAAAGAAUUAAGUGGGACGCGAUGGCACAUGCCUGAAAAUCGCGCACUCACACCUCUAUAUUAUGUCGAUAAUACUUACGUUGUCACUUUAUAUUGUAAACAUAUUAUUCAUAAUAUUUUCCUUGACAAAAGUAAAUGAAAUUAAACCAA